AUGAUCUAUUUUGAGAAUAACCCAGGAGAGAACCGGACCAUCUCUGAUGUAUUCAUCCUGGUGGGGUUUUCAAACCUUAAGAAGCUGCAAAUCAUUCUCUUUCUGGUGCUUCUGGUCACCUACCUGGUUGCCCUGAUAGGGAAUCUCCUUGUUAUCCUCCUUAUAAAGCUAAACCCCUCACUCCACACCCCCAUGUAUUUCUUCCUGGUGAACCUGUCAUUCUUGGAAAUCUGCUACACCAGCAGUGUGGUCCCUCAGCUGCUGAUUCACCUCUUGGCGGAGCAAAAGACCAUCACCAUUGUGGGCUGUGCUGCCCAGAUGUACGUCAUCACCAUCAUGGGCCUGACACAAUGCUGCCUCCUAGCAGUCAUGGCGUACGACCGCUAUGUGGCCAUAUGUCACCCCCUGCACUACAGAACUAUCAUGAGUGGCCGGGCUUGUGCACAGCUCGUGGGUGCUUCAUGGAUCAUCGGCAUCUCAGUGGAAGUAGCUCAGAUCACAUGGAUCUUCAGCCUGCCCUUCUGUGGCUCCAACCGCAUCCACCACUUCUUCUGCGACAUUCCACCAGUGGUGAAGAUGGCAUGCACAGACACAUCCAAAAACGAGAUUAUGGUCCUGACCGUGUCAGUUUUGUUCAUCAUGGGCCCUUUUUUAUUGAUAACCGUGUCCUACAUCUGCAUUAUCUCCACCAUCCUCAAGCUCCCAUCAGCAGAGGGAAGGCGUAAAGCCUUCUCCACCUGCUCCUCUCACCUCAUGGUGGUGACUUUGUUCUAUGGAACGGCCCUUUUCACCUACCUGAGGCCCAAGUCUAUCUCCACCCCAGAGAGUGACCAAAUGAUUUCCCUUGUGGUCACAGUUGUGGUACCCGUGUUGAACCCCAUAAUAUACACUCUGAGGAACAAAGAGGUGAAGGGAGCCUUUAGAAAAACAGUUGAGAAGAGCAUUUUUUCAAACAAUUGGAGAAAACAGAGAAUGAAAAAUAGACUUAAUGGUGGGGGUGUUAGCUUUCAUGUCCUCCUGUAUACAAAUGGAGUGUCCAGAUGCCUUGAAGAGCUCAGAAAAUAUCACUCAACUGCCAGUGACAAGCAUCUUUAUAGACCUUAUUCCUAA